GCAGAUAUAGUGAAUGCAGGGUCCGGGGAGAGCAAAUAUAGUGAACGCAGGGUCCGGGAGAGCGGAUUUAGUGAACGCAGGGUCCGGGCAGAGCGGAUUUAGUGAAUGCAGGGGGUCCGGGAGACCGGAUUUAGUGAAUGCAGGGUCCGGGGAGAGCGGAUAUAGUGAAUGCAGGGUCCGGGGAGACCAAAUAUAGUGAAUGCAGGGUCCGGGGAGACCGGAUAUAGUGAAUUCAGGGUCCGGGGAGACCGAUAUAUAGUGAAUGCAGGGGUCCGGGAGAGCGGAUUUAGUGAACGCAGGGUCCGGGGAGAGCGGAUUUAGUGAAUGCAGGGUCCGGGGAGA